GAGCGAGAGAAAGAGAGAGUAUUGGUAUCAAUCAGAUCGGAGAGAAUGACGACGUCGAUGAUAAAUAGGCUAUUCACGCAAGGCACCAAGAUCGUCUGCGUAGGCCGAAACUACGCCGCUCACGCCAAAGAAUUAGGCAACGCCGUUCCCAAGGAACCAGUUAUAUUCUUAAAGCCGACUUCAUCAUACUUAGAGAACGGAGGAACGAUUGAGAUCCCGCAUCCUCUUGAUUCACUUCAUCAUGAGGUGGAGCUUGCUGUAGUGAUGGGAGAGAAGGCUAGAGAUGUACCCGAGUCAACAGCCAUGGAUUACAUUGGAGGAUAUGCGGUUGCUCUUGAUAUGACUGCUAGGGAACUCCAAGCUUCUGCCAAGGCAUCUGGUCUCCCUUGGACUCUUGCUAAAGGACAAGAUACUUUCACUCCAAUAAGCACUGUUCUGCCAAAGGCAAUGGUGCAUGAUCCUGAUAACCUAGAACUUUGGCUGAAGGUGGAUGGUGAAACAAGACAGAAGGGUUUGACAAAGGAUAUGAUCUUCAAGGUCCCGUAUCUCAUCAGCUACAUAAGCUCUAUAAUGACUCUAUACGAAGGAGAUGUCAUCUUGACAGGUACACCAGAAGGUGUUGGACCUGUAAAGAUAGGACAGAAGAUAACUGCAGGGAUCACUGGUCUAUCUGAAGUUCAGUUCGAUGUUGAGAGGCGUGUAAAGCCUUUGAGUUGAGUGUUUUGUUUGUGUUUCAUAUAAUAAAUAAUAAAAAUGUUAAUCUUUUGAUUAAUAAACCGUGUGUAGUUUUCUUCAUUUAUUGUAUUUCCUUGCAUUUGACAACUUGAGAAAGGAGAACUAGAACUAUCCAUAAUGCAAACUCA